AUGAGCCGGCCAAGCUGCCAGGCGAGUGCACGAUGGGCGCGACAGUUUAGCACCUCGGCGCAUCUCCGCCGGCCGGCCAACGCGCAAGACGCCGCCUCGCGCCUCCUCGACGACUUCGCCGGCAAGACGGUCAGCCGGCGGCAGCUCAUCGACGGCAACCAGCUGCAGAAGCUAUCCCUCACCCUGGGCCGCACCUCCAUCGGCCCGCACGACGUCACCGCGCGCCCGCCGCCGACCGGCACCCCCGUCCCGGCCGGCCACCACCUCGUGUACUUUACGCCCGACGGCGUCGAGGCGCAGCUGGGGCCCGACGGCUCCGACAGGACGUACAACGCGGCGGCGCCGUUCUCCCGGCGGAUGUGGGCGGGCGGCACGAUGCGAUGGCCCUCGGCUGCUGGUGGCGGCGGCGCACCCCCGGUUCUCCGGGUGGGCGACGAGGCGGAGGAGCGCACGACGCUCCUGAGCGCAGAAGCCAAGAGGAGCCGCUCGGUGGGCGAGAUGGUGCUCGUGGAGGUGGUCAAGGAGCUGGAGGGGCCGCAGGGCGUGGCCGUCGUCGACAGGCGCUCCUGGGUGUUUCGCCUGGAGAUCGAACCGAGCCUUGUAGCGACGGCGGCGCCGGAGCCGCCGAGACGGACGAAGCAGGGCCCGACGGUGAUUGAAGAUGUAGAAAACGGAUCCAAAUGCCUGUUUCGCUUCUCCGCGCUCACCUUCAACGGUCACAAGAUUCACUACAACGAGGGCUGGACGACCGCCGUCGAGGGCCACCCGGGCGUGGUCGUGCAUGGGCCGCUGAAUCUCAUCAACAUCCUCGAUUACUGGGGGGACAUCCACGGGGACGGGCGGGCGCCGAACGAGGUUACAUAUCGCGCCAUGUCGCCGCUGUAUGCAGGUGACCAAUAUCAAGUGCACACUGCCGGUGUAGAGGACGGUACCGACGGCAAAAAGUACCAAAUAUUGGCCGACAAGGAUGGUGUCGUGUGCAUGAAGGCUGACGUAUGGUAA